AUGGCGGAAAUUGAGCUAAAAACAGCUCCUGCUGAUUUUCGUUUUCCUACAACUAAUCAAACCAGACACUGUUUCACUCGCUACAUAGAGUUCCAUAGAUGCCUGGCAGCAAAGGGUGAAAACUCAGGAGAAUGUCAGAAGUUUGCUAAAUAUUACCGCUCCCUUUGCCCUGGUGAAUGGGUUGAAAGGUGGAAUGAGCAGAGGGACAACGGCACUUUUCCAGGACCUCUUUGAAACCGGGUGGGUUGGAUACUCUUCCGAGGCAUGAGAAGUCUUGAACAUUCUGUUGAUUUAUUUUCUUCAAUGUAUUUGAUGACUUUCACCGAGUCUUGGUGGAUCAAUAAGGCAGUUUAUCGACAUUCAUCAUUUCACAAAUUGCUGAAGCCAUUUUGCUUUUGAAGUUGAUAUUAUGGUUCUGUUUAUGAUAUUUUCUGUGUUCAGAACUUUAGUAUGCCAGCUCAAUCCUUAAAAACUACACUAUCAUGGAUUAGGCUCCUCAUAAUGUUUGUAAAGUGAGAAA